AUGUCUCAUCAUUGGUCAUUGAUAUCAAUACUUAUUUCAAUAAUCUUAUUUCAUAUUACAUAUAUACAUUCAACUCCAAUUCAUUCUGAAAUACCAAAUCAUAUUGUCGACGGAGAUUCUGAUGAAUAUCAACGUAUAUAUAAUUCAUUUAUAUAUGCCGUGAAAAGUAUUGCUAAUGAACCAAAUUCAUAUGAACGAAUAAAAUUACUUAAUCAAUUACGUGAAUCUCUUAAUCGGUUAUGUAUUAAUGGAUUUUUUGGAGCAACACAUGCAGCAGCAUGUCGACAAGUAGUUGAUGUUAUUCAUCAAACAUACGCAAAUAAUCAUGCCAAUGAUGAUGAAAAUAUUGAUACAUCCAAUGAAGUACAUGGAAUACAAAAACGUUUCUUUUGUAAUGGUUUUAUUGGUUGUAAAAGUGCUUCGGGUUGA